AUGAAGAGGUUAAGGAUAUCAAGAUGCACCGGGCAGCAGCUCCUCAACGCCCAGGCCAGGGCACACGCCUCGCCGUGCCUGACGCCCAUCUCCUUUAGAACACAGCUUCGCAGCAGCAACCCGGCGCGGACACUAUCGACCUCCUCCCCGUCCUCGGCAGCAGUAGCAGAAGCAUCAUCCGACGCCUCCUCGCCCGACAUCACCACCGCCGCCGCCAAGCCCGCCCCGAAGAGGUCGAGCAUACUCCCGUCACCCGCCCCCGAAAAGGCCCUCCAGUCAGCCAAGCUCGCCGCCCUCCACGCCCGCCUCUCCCUGCCCGGCAAACUGCCCCUCCAGACCCUCGCGCGCACCCUCGUCGACCCCUCCGCCGACCCGAGCCCCAACUUCAACAACGCCAACCUCGCCGUCGUCGGCGGCUCCCUCAUCAGCUACCACGUCUCCGAGUGGCUCAUCGCCCACUACCCCCGCCUCCCCAUGGCCAUCCUCUACGAAGCCAUGCGCGCCUACGCCGGCUCCGACUCGCUCUACCGCGUAGCCUCCCAGUGGGGCGUCGAGAGCGCCGCCGCCCCCGGAGGCGAAGUCGACCCGGGCCUGCUGCAGUUCUCCCAGAACCCCGAGGCCGAGGGCAUCGUCCACGGCCGCUGGGGCUACGUCCGCAAGGAACACGCCCACCUCGACAAGUUCAAGUGGCGCCGCUCCGUCUCGUCCAGAGUCGUCCUCGACGACGAAUUCGGCGACGUCCUGCACAAGCCCAAACGCAACCCGUUCGAGCCCAAGCCCGACCCCCAAGACCCAGCCAUCUUCAAGGAGCAGCGCGAGAAAAUCCGCAACGACGCCCACGCGGCCCACGUCCGCGCCGUCACGGGCGCGGUAUACGCCCACGCCGGCCGCGACGCCGUGCGCGCCUUCAUCGACGCCCACAUCCUCAGCCGCCGCGUCGAGCUCGAGAAGCUCUUCAGCUUCAAGCUGCCCACGCGCGAGCUGGCGAUGCUCUGCGCGCGCGAAGGGUUCGAGGCGCCCGUCGCACGACUCGAGAGCGAGACGGGCCGUCUGAGCAGGACGCCCGUGUACGUCGUCGGCAUCUACAGCGGGCGCGACAAGCUCGGCGAGGGGACGGGCGCCAGCUUGGAUUUCGCGCGUCUGCAGGCUUCGAUGAAUGUUCUCAAGGCGUGGUAUCUGUAUAGCCCUGGCGCCAAGGUGCGGGUGCCGAGUGAUAUGCUCGUUGAGGGCGCGAAGCCGUGGCAGCCUGUGCACAUUGAUAUGGGAGAGAUUGUUUAA